AUGCCGAUUCUCAUUCCGGGGUUUAUCCAAAAGAUCCCGGAUCCCAUAUCCCGUCGUGCCAGGAACUUGAAAGUCCUCACCGGUCGACAGAGAUCCAAGCCGGCGGCGAGGAUCAAGUCCAGGCCAAUCCUCUGUGCUGUACAAAGCCAGAACUUGCUGGAAGAAAUGCUGCGACACCCCUUCACCCCCUGCCGUUCGAUGCACAUAUCGCCCAGCUCAAGCGAGAAAGUCCCUGAAGAUCGAGGCGAUCACCAGGGAUUUACGAUCUGCACACCUCAGUUGCAAUCGCCAUCCUUUUCCCGUGGAAAGAUAGAAAGAGGAAACCCCAUUUCAAUUUCCCCCCAACGGCACGAUCGACACAAAUGCCGAUCUCAAGACAGAUAUGUCGACGGCCACAAGUCCAAGUCCAAUUUGGAACAAGCCAUGGCCCGUCGAAAAGCACACCCCAAAGACUCUUAUGAAAUCGAACAACCUUCACCAAAGAUAAUGAAGAGAUCCUAG